AAUGAUAAUAAGGGAGCCAAACAAAAUGGAAUUAGUUCAGUGAGAGAAGUUUUGGCGUUGUAAGCCUGGUGUGGAAAACUACAGUCACAGAACGGUAUAGACACAAAUUCUAGUUUAUUGAAAUUGUUGCGACCAACCUUUCAUUGUUUUCGACUAACGCCAAAAAAAGCGGACAUGGCGGACAACAAAGCGAUCGAGCAGCACCUCACUAAGAUGACCGUGUUGGGAGGUCGAUUCCAACUAGGUGGCUUAUACGACUAUCGAAACGACUACGCUCUUCCAGAUGGUCAGUAUUGGGAAUCGCAUGAUGUGGCAUCCGCCACUCGAGUCGACGACCAGUUCAAGCUCGAAUUAGAACGACCGGACUCUGAGUUUACUAACAGCAAGUGGGAAAACAUGGGACUUGACGAUCACCUGAAAGCCACCGUCAUAGCUGGUCUUAUUGAAAAGUACCGCGGUGCUGCUGGCUACCUGAAUCACCGACAAGGACUGGAACAAGUCAGUCGAACAUUAAUUUGCCGGAUUAGCAAAUGGCAAGAAAAUUUAGAUAUACCAACUCUCUUUAAUAAAAAGACUCCACUUAAUCAUGGUUCUGGAGAAGACAUAUCGCCCAAAUCGGAAAUAUGUCCAACCCAUGUUGUGACUGGAAUAACCUACGGAGUGGAAGCUUACUGUGUACUAACGCAGGAGCUCAACGACAACAAAAAAGACGAAGAGGCUCGAGAGGCUGCCGAGGAAUACCUGUCAAACAUAGCGGCCAAGAUGGAAGAAGCUUUAAAAGAAAACUUUAAUUUAACGGAUUUUAAGGAUCAAUUGAAAAAAGAAGAGAAAAAACAGAUGAGCCGUUUGAAAUGUCAUUUAUACGUUGAUCUCCAGACUAAGGCUAUCCACGAAUGCAGCGUCCUCGAGGCCUACAAAUACUGCCUCAAACUCAUCCAGCAAGUUCGAAAAUCUGAUGUCAGAAACACCAGCAAAGUCGUCCCGAUUGCCGUCCACCUUUUCCCUCUUAAAGUGAUCAUGGAACAAGCUGGAGGAGUACUGGGUGGUGCACCAAUCCAAUACCAAGACGUCGACGCCGAAUUGAUAGAUCGUUGUUACCAAGUUUUGGAUAAACUGGAGCAAGUCGAUGCAAACAUCGACGUCGUCCGUAAAAGUAACAAAGAAUUCGGCUCUGCCUCUUUCAAUCAGCUUGAAAAAACUUUAACUAAAUACAAAGAACUUAUGAAAAUGAGCUUAAAAAAUGGAGUAAUGAAGACCCGUAAAAACGGUGACGAGGACGAGAUGGAAACAGUCGUCAAUAUUGUCGAAACUCACCCACUUUUCAGCCCCUCUCAACUGAAACGUUGGCUUCGCUACAAACAGGCCGAAUUCGAAAUGAUAAGUAAAAUAACGAAGAACAAAAUUGUCCUCUUGGCUGACCAAAAAGAACUUGAAAAAGAACUGUCCGACUCUUUGAAUAAGAACUACGCUCUGGUGAUGAGCGUUCCGCCGCUGGAUGAGCGGACGAACGAUAUCCUAUUAGAGAUGAAAAAUUACGUUGAAACCUACACGAGACUAGUAGACGAAAUAGAACACUCUACUAGCAAUGAAGACAGUGAUGAAAAUAACGACGAGGCUAAGGAAGAUAAACCAUGGCACAUGAUCGAAAGAAAACAGAAGGAUGUGCUUAUGAAAGUCAGCGAGUUUGCCGCCUACGCGGAUAAGAAUAAACACCUGGAGAACAAAGUUCAGUUCUUAAUCUUAUUUGGGGAGAGAGGAAGCCAGAAACUCUCAUGCCUCUAUUCCGUCUAUGAAGACGAAACUCUACUUCAGAGCAAAAUGAAACAAUUGCCCGGGCCUCCCACUAUGCUGCAGGUUCGCACCUCGGAGAUCAGAAAUACAAACAGUGCUGAAAUCAACAUUUAUGUAAAGUGGAAUUAUGAAGACCUCGAUUUCCCGUGCCACUUUAUCGUGGAAUACCAGUUGAAUGACAGACCUGGUAAAAUACAACGAAAAACGACGAAGCCGGGUGAAUCUCAAAUGAGGAUCCCAUACAAAAUCGGAUCGACGAUGAAGAUUAGAGUGGUGACCGACUCUUGCAUCGGCCAAAGUGAAUUUAGCGAAACGAUCGACGUAGAAACGGCCUUGGAAGCUAACGAAAAUGAAGAGGCAAACUUGGAAAACAAAUCGGAACAUACGAUAGAAAUUUCAAAAGCAGAAAUUCCCGCAACAUCUGUCAAAAAACGAGACUGGAAAUGGCGGACAUGAAA